AUGGGCACCAUGCGUGCAUACAGUGACAUGGUGAUGAUGGUCGCCAUGCCCAUCGAUACUGCAGACAUCAUUGUCUCAGCUUCCCGUCGAUUAUCCUUUGGAAACUUCGACGGCGCCGGUAAAUCCACUCGCCGAUUAGUUAGACACACAGAGGACAUGGUCUCCGUCGCAUUCUUCCUCCCCAAGCCGUCAGAUUGUCUCGUGACCAUCGGCGUCACUGUGGCUAUCUCACCCGUUGGUUCUGUUUGUGCGAGUGGAGUCAAAGACAAGGUUUUGCUGUGGGAUAUGGCUGAGAAGAAGUCGAAGUAUCUCUAUUCCGCGUGCGAAGAUCAAAUCUUUCUUCAGCCUCUCGAUGUGAGUGAGUUCUUCAAUCUCUGUACUUCUUCUUCGUUUUAUACUUUGUUUACGUUUCCAGAUUCAGCUUCUUCUUCUUCUCACAUUUACAUUCUCUGUUUCAGUAUCUCUAUCCCGCGUGCCAAGAUUAAAUCUUUCUUCAACCUCUCGAUGUGA